CAUGGCACCUAAAAUACAAUAAUACAGAAAUUUAAGGGGUAAUUUUGGGUUCGCUCCCCAAGGAGAAAAUUAAAAUUUAGAACUCGUUAUGCUAUUGUAUAUGAUCUGUUGAAGGAGGUGGUACGCACACGCUUACCUGGAGAAAAUGGCUGAUAAUGAUUCUAUAUCCCAAUACCUCGCAUCUGCAGUCGAUGCUGCUCAGAAAGCUGGUGAUGUUAUUCGAAAAGGUUUCUAUGAGACUAAGCAUGUUCAGCUCAAGGGACAGGUUGAUUUGGUCACUGAAACUGAUAAAGCAUGUGAAGACCUCAUAUUUAAUCACCUCAAGCAACUUUACCCUGCUCAUAAGUUCAUUGGUGAAGAAACCUCAGCUGCUUUUGGCACUACAGAACUUACAGAUGAACCCACAUGGAUAGUUGAUCCUGUGGAUGGAACUACAAAUUUUGUUCAUGGGUACCCCUUUGUUUGUGUAUCCAUUGGUCUUACAAUUGGAAAAAUUCCUACAAUUGGUGUUGUUUACAACCCAAUAAUGAAUGAGCUUUUCACUGGAAUUCGCGGAAAGGGUGCUUUUCUGAAUGGAGACCCUAUAAAAGUAUCAUCACAAAGUGAACUAAUCAACUCUCUUCUUGCAUUUGAGUCUGGAGCAAAGUGCGAUAAGUUAACCGUAGAUACCUUUACAAACAGGGUUAAUAGCUUGCUUUCCAAGGUGAGAUCCAUUCGAGUGCCUGGCUCUUGUGCAUUGAACCUUUGUGGAAUUGCAUGUGGAAGGCUGGAUGUACACGUUCAAUUUGACUUUGGAGGUCCUUGGGAUGUUACAGGUGGUGCUGUCAUUGUUACAGAAGCUGGAGGCGUUGUAUUUGAUCCGUCUGGUGCAGAUUUUGACAUCACAGCUCAGCGAGUAGCAGCUUCCAACCCUUUCUUGAAGGAUGCCCUUGUUGAUGCUCUGCGCCAAACUGAGUGAGAAACAAUCAUUGGGAGACAAUGCAAUCGCCCUGUAUUAGUGUUAGUUUAUUUCUCUUUUGUCAAAAUGGUUUGAAGUGGGAUGAAUGUAUUUAAUUACCUUGUGAUCUUACUCACCAAACUUUUAGUAUAUUGUAUUUUUAUUUUCCAGAACCUAACAUGCUUAAUGAUGCAACUCGCUUCCUAAUAAUUUCAUUCAUAUAGCUGGUGAGUGGUUGACAAGAAACUUUCAUCUUGACUAGGCUUUGUUUCUUUUCA